AGCAUCGAUGACAUGGCCCUGCUUCUGUCGUCGGACCUGGGGCGGAAAUCAACGACUAAGUUUUCGAUAUUAUAUCUUAAUAGCGACAUCAAAACUGACUCGAAAGCAUGUUUCAAACAUUUGUGUGACAUGAAGACUACCACAGCUGUGUUCACCCCAAGUAAUUCCCCUCUCAGGAUUGCCCCUUUGUCAGCAGAGCACAUAGAGGCUAAACAUAGCCUAGUGGUUCCCAUCGUCGAAUGUCCCCUGUGGGAGACGAGACUUUCUUGGACACAAUGGAUCCUCUACAGAGUGUCCCUGAGUCACCUGGAGCCUCCAAACAACGGGAAUCCAAGGAAAACGGGACAAGUCUGUGCACUGCCAUUUAUGACUAUGAGGCAACAGCAGAUGAUGAGCUUACCCUACGCCGUGGGGAUCUUGUAGAAGUGAUUUCCAAGGAGAUAUCAGUGUCUGGAGAUGAUGGAUGGUGGACGGGAAAAGUCCGUGACAAAGAGGGGAUAUUCCCCAGUAACUAUGUCAGCCAGCCUCAUGUCCUUCUACAAAAGGAAAAGAACUUUGGAAUUACAGAAAUCAACUUUGAUGAGAUUGUCCUCAGUGAGGUGAUAGGAGUGGGCGGAUUUGGGAAGGUCUACAGAGGCAUUUGCGGGGCAGAGGAGGUCGCUGUGAAAGCUGCACGGACAGACACUGACCAAGAUAUAAGUGAAAUCAUGGAUAAUGUGCGACAAGAAGCAAAGCUCUUCAGUUUGUUGUCACACCCAAACAUUAUAACACUCAAAGGGGCAUGCUUAGUGGAACCAAAUAUAUGCCUGGUUAUGGAAUAUGCUAGGGGUGGGGCUUUGAACAGAGUUCUUAGUAACAACUGCAAAAAGUUGGGCUUGCCCCCAGAUGUUCUCGUUGAUUGGGCCUACCAGAUUGCUGAAGGUAUGCACUACCUUCAUUCAGAUGCACCAAUUCCUCUCAUUCACCGAGACCUCAAGUCCAGUAAUAUCCUCAUCAAUGAGAAGAUUGUCGACAAUGAUUUUUAUGGAAAGACUCUGAAGAUUACUGAUUUCGGCCUGGCAAGGGAAAUGUAUCGUACAACCAGGAUGAGUGCUGCUGGUACCUAUGCCUGGAUGGCCCCAGAAGUCAUCAAGUCCUCACUGUUCUCAAAGGGGAGUGAUGUGUGGAGCUAUGGAGUAUUACUCUGGGAACUGCUCACUGGAGAGGUACCCUACAAAGGCAUUGAUGGCCUGGCUGUUGCCUAUGGCGUCGCAGUGCAGAAACUCACACUACCCAUACCUUCCACGUGUCCAGAGCCCUUUGUCAGAAUACUAGAUGAAUGCUGGAACCCAGAGCCCCACCAAAGACCAAGCUUUUCAGAGAUCCUCAAUCACCUCAGGGAAAUCGCAGACUCACCGUUCAUCGACACACCACACGAGUCAUUCCGCUCUAUGCAACAGGACUGGAAGCAGGAGAUCCAAGAAAUGUUUGAUGAGAUAAGACUUAAAGAAAAGGAGUUAAGGACAAGGGAGGAGGAGCUGAUGCGGCAAACCAUAGAGCAGCAGUGUCAUGCCAGGGUCCUGCGCCAGCGGGAACAGGAGCUGGCAGAGCGUGAGAUUGACUUGCUGGGCCGGGAGCUCAAUAUCAUGAUCCUCCAGCAGCAGCAGGACGACAAGCCCAUGCCCAAGAAGAGGAGGAAUAAGUUCAGACGGGGCAAAGUCCGCAGGAGCAACAAGCGCAUCAGUGGACCCUCUGAUUUCCAGCAUAAGCUGACAGUGAGGACUGACCCAUCGUAUGACAGAAGGGACCCUCGGUCACCACUGAGUCCAGAAGAUAGCCCACCUAAAAGCCCACUGCCCAGGUUAAGAGUCAUUGCACUGCCCAAGGGGAUCAAGGGAAAGACUUGGGGCCCCAGCUCUGUUCAGCAGAAAAUGAAGGAUCGGCCCUUUAAGGCGUACUCCAUGUCAGAAGCCACGGGCAAGAAAUUUACCAAUACCAGCACACCAAGCCUUGGCUAUCCGCAAUGGUACAACACCAUCGGUAAUGCCUCCCACGAUGAAGCAGAAUGGCCAACAGAUCUUGGCCUGCCCAAAGCUCACUGGCCAAGUGUGGGCCCUAGCACAGAUGAUGGUGAGUCAACAGAUGACUCUCGGACGUCACCCCGUAACUCCCUUAAACGAGAAAGGAAGCGCACCACUGCCAGCCUGUACACCAUGACAGCCAUGCUGGCCUCGGUGGCUGUAGGAUUCGAUAUACGGACUCUGAACCAGUUCAGACAGGAUGAGCUGGAUUUCCGCCAUCGCAAGAACUCCUCAGCCUCUGAGAGCUACAGCCGUCAAGGCAGCCUGUCAUUCCAGCACGACCUGGACGAUUCCCCGAGCAUGUCACAGGCUUCAACCGUGCGACUCAUCAGUGUGACAUCCACCAACGACGAUCACAAGCACUACCUCAGACAAGGGUCCUGGCAGGGCUUUGUGGACUCCACAUCCAACCUGACCAUCAAGCAGAAUCCAGCCUACAACGAAGAGACCAAGGCCAUGGCCCCCGUAGAGCCAGUACAAGCAGCCACAAAGACACACAGGCGUACGGCGUCGGCAGACAACAACCUUAGCUACUUGUCGCACAAAAGGACUCCCUCGGAUAGUUCAUCACCCUCCUAUUCGUCUUUCACAUCUACCGUCAAGUAUGAUGGGACUGAUCCCUGGAGUAGCCCUGAGUCUGAUGUGUCUAGAUUACCAAACCCACCUCAAGCUCCACCGAGGAGAAUAAGCCUGGUGCUACCUUCAGACACACACCCAGAGCGGCCACGGACUCUUGAUAUCUCUCCAAGACCAAGACCUUACUCUAGAGCUUACCUGACACCACAGCCUGGUACCCAGGACUCCCCGCUUGGGGCAAGUCCAGCAGCAGCAGCAACUGCUACUCCAAAACACAGUACCUACACGUCGGAUGUGUCACUGAGCUCUGUGACCCUUAGUCCAGCCCACCAUUACCAAGCAGCAGGAGGGGCUGAGAUGCCACGGCCCACUGCCACACCCAGUCCAGCUCACUACUACUCACCACAUCACCAGGGUGCCUCUGAGCUGUCCAGAAGCCCAGCCCACCACUACUUACCUCCCCACGCGAAUCCCUCGCAUACACCCCAGCAUCACCAGUCACCUCACCCUCACGUCGGAGGCCAAACCCCGUCCCACGCUGCUCAGCAUUACACCAGCCCGCAGCACCAGCACCACACGCCAUUGCACACUCCGCACCAUCAACCCAGGAGUUUGGAACAGCGAACAUCCCUACUGGAUGAGGACGUAGUGGGACAGAAGGCGGAUGACACAAUGCCUUUGGUGAGAGAAGGACAGGAGAACAAGCCCAGGAAACUCUCAGUCCUAGAACUGGAGGAAGAGUUCUUAUGAUGAUUGUGGCAAGUUCAAGGUAAUUCCAGGUGGUAUGGACUCUUUUACGGGUGUAGCCUGCUAGACCUUAAGUACUUCCUGUGUGUUAUGAUUCUCUGUACUACUGGUACAAGAAUCGGGUUCACCAUGAUGUGUUUAUUUAGUACUUUGAAAUCUGUAAUUAUUAUUCACCUGUGACACAGCUGAAAUUUCAUCAGCAUGAAUUCUCCAACUUCAGUCAUCACCAUUUAAGACAGAGUUGACUUUUAAAAUAUGGAAUUUAUUAAAAUGUAUUCUUAAUACUCAUUAUGAGGAGAAAAAUUGCUUCAAUUUAUAUACAUGUAUGCUGAAAAAUAUCUUGUUAUAGAACUGUAUUCACUUGUGUACUGGUAUAUUGCUUUAAAUUAAAAGGAGUUGAUUGGGAACUAAUUCAAGUGGUCAGCAGACAGUCUUUGGCUGCUGGUUUUACAACAUGCUCCUUUGGUCUGUUAAUUGGAAAUCAGCAUUCCACUGCUUUUUUUUCAUUUUCUUUGGUUAAAUCUUGCUUUAUUUCCUAAUGGACGGUGAUUGGAUUGAGUAGUUUUCGUUAAGGGCAUUCCAACCACAGAGUCAUGUUUAAAUGAUUCAAGCAGUAACAGAACAUUGAGCAGUGGCGUGGCCAGUGUACAGUGCAGCACUAGAUCAAGGAGAUCAGGAAUCCACCAUCUAUUAGUAGAUGCAAGUUUUAGGGGGUCUUUCACGUUCCAUUUUGUAGUCAAUACCUUUGCAGAAUUCAUGUGUCAUGUAAAUUUUCUAUCAAGAUUUGGAAUACGAGUCUCCAUUUCCUCAAAAUCUCUUUUUGAUAGGUUGGUGUUUCUUAGUACUGUCAGUGUGUAAUCAUGACCCCAGAACAAAAUUUCUUGUUGGACUUUUCUCAGAGCUGUUCAGGUCAGUGUGGUGAUAAUUGCUUUUUGCUGUUUCAGUGCUGUUUGUUGGUGUACCAAUCAGUGUGUGCCAGUUACUCAAACUAAAAGGAACUUAAGGAUGACAGCCACUGCUUGAUUGUCACUUCUGUUGUACACAAGCAAGUGGGCAUACUGAAGUUCGAUGUACAUGUAUGGCAGUUGAGACCAACCUUAUGAUAGAUCUGUCGUCAACUAGAUUUUGUCUCCUGUCAGUUUUUCAUUCAGUAUUAGUGCUUCAACCAGAAUUCACAAGUGUGCACACAAUUUGGAGCACACAGUCUUUUGGAUGGUAGUUAACCUCUGCUGACAUUGCGAUAGGGGGAUUGAAUCAAGAUGUGUUCAGAACAAUGUGCAAAUAUGGCUAAGAGUACUGGUAGAGAUCUUCAUCAUAUAUGUACAUGUAUUUGUACAGCUAUGAGAGACCAUUUGCUUUGAUAAAUGUAGACAAGUUGUCAUUCCUAACGUGGUCUAUUCUCCCAUCUCCUUUUCUCGGAGAACGCUACAUACCACCAGCUUUAUGAUUCAAGGAUUUUGUGGAAAGUAACACCCAGAUGAUUGCUUUGAUUGUGUAGUUUUCUGUUGCCAGCUAACAUGUACUGGAUUUGGAUGGCAUUCAUCCUCAGUUUUUGGACUGAAUAUACAUGUAUAUUAAGUUGUUUUCAGUCUAUUACUCUUUCCUUCCACAAUGUACUUCAUCAUUGUCUUGUCAAUCAGCUGCUUUGUGUACCAUGGUUUGAGUCUUCAUAACAUUCCUGUCCAGCUACAGAUUUUGUGCAAUUCAGUUUAGGGCUGACCCUUUUUUCAGCAAUGCCUACAUGUACCUGUAUGUGUAUUUCUCCAUGAUUUUAGUUUAAGUGGGAAACACAGCUUCUUUGGAAUUUGUACCCAGUGCAGCAUACUAUCCAUGAUAACCAACACAGAACUACUUCUCUGAACAUUCUCCAAUGAAUUGACUCAAAGUACUCGUACAUCUGAGAAUCUGAGAAUCACCUGCAGCUGAUGUCAUGUCUUCAAAACCCCAAGUUUAGGUGCAAAUUGGAUACAGGACAAACAUCCUUGAAAAGGUGUUUUAGGACAAGUAUUCUUAAAGUACUCGGUGAAGUACAUGUACUUCUCUCUCGUAAACUUUUAUUCUUACAAAACUGUGAUUUGUGGAAGUUUCAAAUUUAUUUUGUAUUCUUACCGUUGUGUAUUAUGCAAUGUUCAUAUUCCCCAGCUUUGUUCACUUACAACCAGUUCAUCAUAUGACAUUAAGCUUGAUAUGUGAAAAGUGCGUGUACUUGAUUACAACACUAAUAUUUGAUAGUCAGUACACCAAACCACUUGUGAUCAUCAUCAGCAGCAAUACAUACACAUACACCUACAUGUACAUGUACAACUCUGUGAAAUUGGCAGUGCCAUGAAAUUUGGCAUUACACUUUAAACAAGUGAACUAUCCAGCUUUAAUUCACGGACUUAUUUUGCUCCAUCAGCUUUUGUCUUGACAUUGUUUCCCUUCUUGUUAAGUACAUUUGUCAUCUCGCAUCGGAAGAUUAUGGAUUCGUUUCAUGCUGGUCAUGAUAACUGUAAAGUGAAGGAGGUACUAAUUCAGAUGUUUGUUUAUAAUCAGAAUUUGUAAUUAUUUGUAUAGUACAAACACCACACAUGGGUUGGUAUGCACAUAUACAAGGAUAUGAUUUGUUUAUCAUUUGUUAUCAUUUUCCUGAUAUGAACAAAGAUGGUGAGAUUUUGGUUAAUACUCUUGUUGUAUGAAUGUGUUUCUCUUACAAAUAAUUUGAGUUUGAAAAAUGAGCACCAGUCUGCUGUUGUUGCAAGGUCCAUUUCAAAAUUACCUGUGUAAUCAUAGUACACUGAUCAAGGGAGGUCAAUGUGUUGUUAUUUCUCAUUUCACCUGGCUGUUUAAUCCACAGUUUGGAUUGGACUGCUUAAAAAAGAGCCCGAGAAGCUGUGUGUAUGACUACCAUUCAUCCAUUCAUCUUGAUUGAGUUCCUUAGCAAGAUACCGGUAUGGGCAUCUGGGCUUGGUAGACAUGUAUUCAAGUGUACCUGAAAUAGGUUUCAAAAAAGUACAAUUGACGGACUGAGCAUUGACUUGGUACACUCUCAGACAAUUGUAUUGCACAAGUAAAUGCUAGGUUUAGAUGUACAUGUACACCUUAUAUAUUUGGGGAGGAACUGUUGAUUGGCAUAUGGGUAACUUGUAGGAUGUAUAAAUGUGUAUUGAUUAUGCAUAGCGUAUUGGAAAUAUGGUUGUGAUCAUGCUGAUAAUGUUAUAAAUUUAUAUUUCUAGACAUGUGGCUGAGGCUUUGUGCCAGAGAUUGUAAAGAAUGUGUUAGAAUCAACAGCAGCCAUUCAGUAUAAGGCAGACUGGAAAAGGAUUAUAUUAUUGAUGGGGAAAAAUGGUUAAUCAGGAUAAGAAAUCAGAUUACAAUCGAAAGUACUAAUCAGCAGAUUCUUCAUUUGAACAGUUACUCAGAAGGGCCAUCAGUACAUGUAUAACAUGAGUUGUCCAGUAAUGGCUUGAAUUUGUAAGGUUUGAUGUAAAUACAUCUUCCGUGGAAGAGUUGAAGGCUUGAUUUGGUUCAGGAUAUGUGCAUUCCCAGCUUGGGACAUGUAUGUAGGGACGGAACAUACAAAAUCUGAGGUGUACAGGCCAUUUCACAAAGCAUGGACCUAGCUUCUGGAUCUUUUAGUCUUGGAGGCAUUCACGGUAUUUUGAGUUCAGAGAAACUGUGGCUUUUCUGUUUUGGUUCCAUAAUUCAACAUGCAAGGAUCAGGUUUGCUGCAAAUGAAUCCAGUGUUUAAUCGAAAGCCAAACUCUGAGGAAUCAUCCACAGUAUGUCUCACACCACCAAGUUUAUCAUGUUCAAAGAAAGUUGACAAUACAUAUAUCAUGAAGUGUAGCUGACAUUGUCAUAUUAAUGCCAUAUUUGUUAGGUAUGAAGUCAGUAGUGAUAAUGCAUUACCAAAAUUGAAAAAAAAUAGUCCUAUUACAUGCACACUAAACACUGUGUAAGAACCUAUUUUUCCCUGAUAAUUGAAAGUGUAAAUGGUGUGACCUGUUUGAAGGGGCUCUUGGAAGUGAUUCACUUGUUUUUCUUAAAAUCUGUUGUAACCAGGGGCCAAAUAUGAUUCCUAAAUGACUUCAAGCAACUCAUUCAGUAUUUGUUUACUUUUUGUUUCAAGUGAAUGUGGUAUUCUGUUUGGCCAUCAGAAGACAAUUCUCUGCCCCAAGUAAACCCACAUGGGGCAAAGUGGUAAAAUGUAAAAGUUUGCAUAUGUACUUACUUCCAGUGAUUUAAAAUCAGUGCGAGGUAAAAAAAAGAAAAGAAAAGAGAUUGGUAGAUUUAACGGUAAAGGUAACUUUUUUCCCUACACACUCACUCCUAGCAGAAUUUCCACUUAAGAUUCUACAAAUGAAGUCAAGAAUCUAAAUUGUCAACCAACAUUGGAGGUAUUUUUUAGAACGCUUUGUGGAUUUAGAACUCGUUGUAACAGACUCUACCACACCCCCCCCCAACUUUGGUUAAUUUGUUGAUUCUACCCACACAAACUCUUCCCUUGAUGAAGUUGAAACUUCAUUUCACAUAGCAGUAAGAAGGAGUGUGCAUGUAUUUUGUAUUGUUUUAAUAGUUGAAUUUAUUUGUCAUUUUAAUCAGUAUUCAGUCUACCUAACUGCAGGCUGUUACCACGGAGGAUUGUGUAGAAAAUAGGGCAUUUUGUGAAAUGAUUUUUGUAACAAGGUCAUUUUCCCAUUUUAUUUAUUUUUGAUUGUUGUGUUUUUGUUUUUUUCCUUUCACAAAAGAGGGUACCUUUGGGCUCUAGCUUUUAGUCUGCUCAAUCAUGCCGACCAUCACUAUUAUCUCUGACAUUCCAUGUGUUUGAUUUGAAAGACCUGCAACUUCCUCUUUUGGGUAUGUAGUUUGCAGGUCCUUUUAGUUACCAGACCUGCAAAUUCGAUUUGGUUACAUAAAGAGUCCUUGGUACGAAUAAAAUAUUGAUUCAUCUGUGAUGCCGCCAUUUCUGCAAACAAAUGGUAAAAGUUACAGACCACUUCACUAAAGUGGAAUUUGCAGAUUCUAGUUGCGCAGUUUGGAGUGCUCCAUUUGAUUACCCAUACUGCUUUAGUCAUUUUGCCUCACUUGUCUAGAGAAUUUGUUCUGUGUAGGUGCAAGUGGGAUGUUAUUGCAAUCUCUGCAGUGGGUCAAGAGUUGUAUGAAGAGGUUAAGAUUAUUCCUUGUAUUUAUUCUUCACUCUUGCCUAGUCUGUUUUCUUGAGUGAACAGGAAUGCAGUCCUCAUUCAAUCCUGACGCAAUUAUAGUUUGUACCGGUAAGCACUUAUCAGCCAGUGGCAUUGCGGGGGGGGGUUGCCUCCCCCUUGGGAACUGUUGCCCCUUUUGGAAAAUUGGAAUUUUUUUCCGGGGGGGAGGGCGGCUACACCCAUGGCAUCUGUAUGUUGAUACUUGUUAUUUUAUUGUUGAUUUAACAAGGUUCUUGAAAGAACCAUGCAUUAUACAAACUCAGUGGUGAAGUCAAGGGGGAAGGGCAACUGCCUCACUAUGGGAACUCCCCCCACCCCGAAGAGCACUGUUUAUAGCACUGAAAAUCAAACAUGCAAGAAACACUGCCGUGGAACAGCUGUCUUUAACUGAUAAUGGCACUGCUGUCUGAAACUGGGAGCUGCUAAGCAAUGAGUGUGUAAGUUUUUGCUUUUAGUAGUUAAACAGGUUACCAAACCAAGUGCCACUGGUGGGCGUGUUCACCUUGUGACUGGUUUCCCAUACACUUUUGCUGGCACUCCUGUCUGCUAAAAGACGCCUUUCCAUAGACACAUUUUUAGUGUGCAUCGUCCGUAUGCGCAAGUUACAAAGUGUGUUCAUUGAAAUUGUGCAGCACUUAAGCGUAGCAAACAAAUGCAGAUAUGGAAUGGACUAAAAGACGUACUAAAUGGACAGGCGCCUUGCACAGUAUUCUCCGCUUAGCAGCUUGUUGAAACUUGGGCCCUUCGUACGUGGUUUUUGUGUUGUUACAAUGGAUGUAGGUUUUGUUUAUACCCAUGAAAAGAUGCUGUCCAUGGCAUCCUUGACGGCAAGUACAUGUUCUUGUAUUUUGACAAGAGGACCUUUCAACAAGACGAGUGGUGUAUAAUUUGUAAGCAGUGGUGUGUACUGAACAGCAUUUCAUCAUUGCUUAAAAUUAAAAAUGUAGAGUGUCUGUAGUGUAUUGUAUUUUUAGUAUCUUGUUCUGCUUGAAAUUUAAUGUAUUGUUUUGUGGUGGUUAGAUGUGGUGUACACAAAAAUAUGAAAAAUGUAAAAAAUACAUGGGUCUCUCUGAAUUACUGUUGGUUAGAAAGACCUAUUUCUUUGUAUGGAUUCUUUUUUAUAUAUAUUUGUGUAUAUUUUAUGUUGAACCUUGUAAAUAUAUUGAAGUUGAGCCUAUUGAAACAUUUUAUCAGUAUGAUGUUUGUAUAGAAAUGGGGGAUUGGUUGAAAGUAUGAGAAAUAAAAUGUGUACUCAUGUCAUUUUUAACAAAA